ACUGCAUCGAUUAUAUCGACAUUCAGCUAUUGAUGACUAGAGCGACGUGUCUCGAUUGGCCUAGCCUUUCACAAAUGUGAUUAACAUUACUCGCAACCUUUGAACUAAAGCGCUGCUGUUACUGUGAUAAAUAAUUUGUCCUAGACACAUUUAGGAGGUUUGGUAACUAUGUCGCGUGUGUUACUCUUAACUCUGGAACGUGUGCACGUCAGAUGUAAAGACUGUCCUGGACGAUUUCGCUCUUAUCCUUUGUUGACAUCCCGAACAAACUACUCUGGCAAGCUGUUUAAAGGCGUUCUUUACCAACAACCAACGAGACCAUACACAGGAUUUAAACGACAGAGUGUAUACCAGUCAUUUACUAAAACAAGGUCGAAGUUAUGGGUUUUGGGUUUAGGGGCCGGAUUUGUUUUAGCAUUUGGGUUAAAACACCAUGCGUAUAACAGCGAGUCGUGCAAUGCAGAGACACCCUACGAGCCUCAAACAGACUUGAAAUAUGCUGAAGCUAUAGAAAUUAGUAGAGAUCUGGUUCGACGGAUAAAGGUACAGGAUGAGGUGGGGGCCCCAGGCAUGGUGAUUGGUGUGUCAGUGGAUGGCGUACAGGUCUGGACUGAAGGAAUGGGUUAUGCUGAUUUGGAGAACCGGGUGCCUUGCGGCCCAGCCACGGUGAUGCGUAUUGCCAGUAUCAGUAAGCCACUGACAGCAGCUGCUGCGGCCCGCUUGUGGGAAGAGGGCAAGCUGGACCUUGAUGCCCCUGUCCAGAAAUACGUGCCUGAAUUCCCUGAGAAAACAUUUGAAGGAGAAGCUGUCACCAUAACACCACGUCUGAUUCUGUCUCACCUGAGUGGUAUUCGCCACUAUGAGAAGGAUGCCAAGAAGGUGCGGGAGGACAAGGAGAAAGCCAAACGCCUUAUCAAGCUACCUGAAAGGAAUGAGAAGGAAGAAAAGAACAGUGCUGUGAGCAAAGAGAAAGCAAAAGCUGAGGAUGACCGCACCAGCAAGACCAAAGAGGACAAGAAAAAGAAGGAGUUUGAACAGGAAGAGUACUACCUCAAAGACCGCUUUGAAAAUGUCAUCCAGGCCUUAGACCUUUUCAAGAACGACCCACUUAUUUACAAACCAGGAACCACCUUCUUGUACUCCACCCAUGCCUUCUGUCUGCUGAGUGCUGUGGUGGAGAGGGUGGCUGGCCAGCGCUUCCUUGAUCACAUGGCCAAGAUGUUCCGUGAACUGGGCAUGCUCAAUACUGUCCCUGAUGAGAACGAUCCCAUCAUCUAUCACCGCUCCAGAAACUACCACCUCAAUAAGAAAGGCCGCGUGGUGAAUUGCCCGUAUGUGGACAACUCCUACAAGUGGGCUGGGGGAGGUUUCCUCUCCACGGCGGGGGAUCUACUUCUGUUUGGGAACGCCCUUCUCUACAGCUACCAGCUGGCCAGCCUCCAGGACCCCAGUGGUCGCCUGCCUGGCUUCCUCAAGCCCCACACGGCCAUGGCCCUUUGGUCCCCAGUGGACAAGACCGAGGCCUCCUGGGACAAAGACGGCCUGUACGCGCAGGGCUGGCUGGUGGUGGAGAAGCUGCAGAAAUAUGGCCAGUGCCGGAGCCGCAGGCACUACGUCUCACAUACAGGGGGCGCUGUGGGCGCCAGUAGCGUUCUGCUGGUGCUGCCGAGUGAGUUUAAUGGUGAGGCAGACGCAGGGACCCGGGCACAGGGUCAGACUCUUCCUCAGGGUGUGGUGGUCACCAUCAUUACCAACAUGCAGUCUGUGGGACUGAACACCACUGCACUGAAAAUUGCCCUAGAGUUUGAUAAGACCCGGAGUAAAUGAGGGGGAUUUUGUGUGUGUGUGUGUGUGUGUGUGUGUGUGUGUGCGUCUGCGUGCGUCUGCGUGCACAAGUAUGUGUGUGUGUGCAUGUGUAUGCAACCAUGAGAAUAAACACAUUCUUGUGAGUUGUUUACAAGUGCUGGAGUUCCAGGAUACUUGAAAUUCAACACACUGUGUACUUUUUAACCUUCUGUUUUUAUUUUGUAUUUCUGAAAGUUUUUUUGUACAUUAACAGUUCUUUUUAGUCAAUCAAACAGUGGUAAGAGAUGUCUCUGAAUGUUGCAUCUGCGGUGCGUUUUAUAAAUAUGUCAUUACUCUGAAGUAUUAUUCUGAUUAAAUCUGAAAUAAUGUAUAAUGCUGACAUGUUGUUUGCAUGAUCAUGGAAUAGA